CAUGUUUUGGUGGAACACCGGAGAUAUCGGGAGGGGGGGACGGCUGAGGCGGCGACACCGACUUCCGGCGCGGGGACGGCUGAGGCGGGCGCACGGCGGCGGCGGAGGAGAUGUCUCUCUCGCUGACCAAGCGGGACCUGGACGAGCUGAAGCCAUGGGUGGAGAAGACGGUGAAGCGAGUGCUGGGCUUCUCCGAGCAGACGGUGGUGACGGCCGCCCUCAACUGUGUCGGCAAAGGGAUGGACAAGAAGAAGACAGUGGAGCACCUGAAGCCGUUCCUGGACGACUCGACCGUGCGGUUUGUGGACAAGCUGUUCGAGGCAGUGGAGGAAGGACGCAACACCCGGCACUCCAAGUCCAGCAGCGAGAAGCACAGGAAGAGGGAGCUGAAGGAAGUCUUUGGCGAAGACUCGGAAGUCACUCGGGAAUCGUCAGCCAAGCGGAAACGGAUCCCGAGGUUCGAGGAGGUGGAGGAGAAUGAAAUCAUCCCAGGUCCACCCACUGAGAGCCCAGGGAUGCUCACAAAGAUUCAGAUCAAGCAGAUGAUGGAAGCCGCGACGAAGCAGAUCGAGGAACGGAAGAGGCAGCUGAGCCUGAUCACCCCCUCCUUCCCGCAGCGGGUGUCGGCCCCUGCGCCCUCGGCAGACCUGCCGCCCAUGGGACAGACCAUCCAGCCCUCCCAGGCUGCCUCCUUCAUGAACGACGCCAUCGAGAAGGCCAAGAAGGCAGCGGAACUGCAGGCACGGAUCCAGACCCAGCUCUCCCUGAAGCCCGGGCUGCUGCAGAGCACCAACCUGGUGGGAUUGGCCAACCUCCACGCCAUGGGCAUCGCCCCUCCGAAGGUGGAGUCGAAGGAGCACCUGAAGCCCACGCCGCUGAUCCUGGAUGACCAGGGCCGGACUGUGGAUGCCACGGGGAAGGAGGUGGAGCUGACCCACCGCAUGCCCACGCUGAAGGCCAACAUCCGGGCCGUGAAGCGGGAACAGUUCAAGCAGCUGCUGCUGAAGGAGAAACCCACUGAUGACCUGGAGUCCAACACCUUCUAUGAUCCGCGCGUGCCAGUGAUGCCCUCCCAGAGACAGAAGAGGCUGUUCCGCUUCCACGAGAGGGGCAAGUUCGAGAAGAUCGCUCAGAGGAUACGGACCAAGGCUCAGCUGGAGAAACUACAGACUGAGAUCGCCCAGGCAGCCAAGAAGACGGGGAUCCAAACCUCGACGAAGCUGGCCCUGAUCGCCCCCAAGAAGGAGCUGAGGGAAGGCGAGGUGCCAGAGAUUGAGUGGUGGGACUCCUACAUCAUCCACGGAGGGAUUGAACUGACCCCGGAGAACUUGGCCAGUGAACAGAAUUUUCACGGGAUCACGAACCUUGUGGAGCAUCCGACCCAGAUCAGCCCUCCAGUCGACACGGACAAGCCAGUGACGCUCGGCGUCUACCUGACCAAGAAGGAGCAGAAGAAGCUUCGGCGGCAGACCCGCCGUGAGGGCCUGAAGGAGAUGCAGGAGAAGAUCCGCCUGGGGCUCAUGCCCCCUCCCGAGCCAAAGGUGCGGAUCUCCAACCUGAUGCGAGUCCUCGGCACAGAGGCCGUGCAGGAUCCGACCAAGGUCGAGGCGCACGUGAGGGCACAGAUGGCCAAGAGGCUAAAAGCUCACCAGGACGCCAACAGUGCCCGGAAGCUGACCGCGGACCAGCGGCGCGAGAAGAAGAUAAAGAAACUGAAGGAGGACUUGUCUCAGGGUGCCCACAUCGCUGUCUAUCGAAUCCGGAAUCUGAGCAACUCGGCCAAGAAGUUCAAAGUGGAGACGAACGCAGCCCAGCUGUACCUGACAGGGACGGUGGUCUUACACAAGGACGUCAACGUGGUGGUGGUGGAGGGAGGUCCGAAAGCGCAGAAGAAGUUCAAGCGUCUGAUGCUGCACCGUAUAAAGUGGGCGGAGCAGACGGCCAGUUCCCGUGACGACGACGAGGACGGCUCUGACGACGAUGCAGUGAAGAAGGUGAACAAAUGUGUGCUGGUGUGGGAGGGAACGGCGAAGGAGCGCAGCUUCGGGGACAUGAAGUUCAAGCAGUGCCCCACGGAGAGCAUGGCGCGGGAGCACUUCAAGAAGCAUGGCGUGGAGCAGUACUGGGACCUAGCCAUCAGCGAGUCGGUGCUGGAGGUCACGGAGGACUGAGUCUGAGGAGCGGCGAUGCCACUUCAGGACUGCCUGGCGGUUUGGAUUUUUCACGGGUUUGUUGGGGUCGGGAGGGGAGGCAGAGAAGUGUCGGCGGGAGAUGUACUUUCAGCCAGAGCGGCAGUUGAAAAGGGUCUCUGACCCAGGACUUGUUACUCUCUGCACGGACGGAUGGCACCGUCGUUGGAGCGCUCGUUUUCUGCCUUGGCGCGUCAGCCAACUGGAAGGGGCACAGUCCACUCGAUCUUCAGAAGGAAAACUGGUUGUCUGACGGAGGGAAAUCCCUCAAAGUGUUGGGAAGGUGGAGCACACGUUUACAGAGGCUGGGCUGAAGGUCGUCGUUGCCCUGAGAGCUCUUUCUCCAACAUACAAGCCCACCUUCUCGCUGCAACUUCCAGUCACUUCGAUGGUUCCCUGACGUAACGGUGGAGCUAGCUGUUCCAAAGUAUGGUCUCUCCCCUCCCUCUCCCGUUUUCCCCUGAAGGUGCCGACUGUUAGUGGGGUCGGUGCCAAGGGCACUGCUGACCCCUGCACUGUUGCUCUGUGGCCUUAUGGGCGCACCCUCGCUGGGUAACCACACUCAACCCUCCUCCAUCAGAAGGCAACCCAGCCUGGGCUGUUCUGUUGGUCGGCCCCCUGAAGUGGCAGGUAAAAUGUUUGUGUUGAAGACAGAAUAGAAAUGGAAUUUAAUUCUUUCAGAGCAAGAGCUGGGGGAGGAGGGGAGGUGUGGUGAAGGUGAUCUAGUUCAUCAUUGGCGAGUCUUGCGCUGGUUGUAGUGCAGCUGCAUAAUGCGAGGCUCGCGCUGAUUGCCUGUGCGUGUUGACUGUUGUGCCAGCAGCCAUCUUGUUCUGUACGUCCAAUGAGCUAAAUGUGGUUUGGCAAACUCUGCGUGUCCAACUAUACGGGAAACGGUCCUUGCUUUAGUGUGACUUUCCAAGUGCCCUCGCUCACUCUUCGCUCCCCUCCGCUGCCCCCUCACUGCCCCUCUAUUGCCCCCUCCCCUCUGCUGCCCCUCACUGCCCCCUCCCCUCCACUGCCCCCUCCCAAAGUACUGGUUUUCUCCCAGAGGUCAAUGGCUGUAGUUACUUUAUGGGGAAGUUGAGUGAUGCUGUUGGUCAGCCAGGAGGCAGCUCCCGACUGGGCUGAAGACCCCCGCCACCCACUGCCUGUGAGACAAAUGUGGAAUGUUUCUGCUGUGAGAGGAAAUGGAUUUGUUGGGAACUGAGGAUAGACUCCAUAUAUAUCCUGUGCCGUCCCUGCCCUGAGUGUGUGUGAUGGGACGGUGUGGAGGGAGCUUCACCCUGUGUCUGACCCCAGGAGUGUGUGAUGGGACGGUGCGGAGGGAGCUUCACCCUGUGUCUGACCCCGGGAGUGUGUGAUGGGACGGUGCGGAGGGAGCUUCACCCUGUGUCUGACCCUGGAAAUGUGUGAUGGGACGGUGCGGAGGGAGCUUCACUCUGUUUAUAAACUUUACUGUCCCCAUCUUGUAUGUAUGUGAUGUGACACUUAAAUGAACCUGCUUGGUACUGGACUUUGAUGUAGAAAAUUGUUACAAGUUUUGAUCUAUCCUAAGUUAGAUGAGCAGAGGUGUGCAGACACUGGGGAGUGCCUUAUUACUGGUACAGUCAUUCACCCUAUACUCGAUGCCAACUUUGUCCUCACUAAUGUCAACAUUAAUAGCUAGUUGUUAAGGGAGAAACCCUCAGUGUGUGAACAGCCUGGUAGGAGGAGUGGGGUUGGGGGGAACUGCUCAGGCGUUCAGUGCUGUGGAAGGUUACAGCUUGGAGUUUCACAAUAAAGACUGAUUUUUUUUUCUAAAGUGAAUGUGCAGUGUUUUGCAGGGGGUUUCUUGGCUGCUGUUUAGCACAGUCGCUUUGUGCCUUACACGUUCCUCAUCCCUAGUGACUAGAAAGCACGUUCCCUUCCCCAGGGGUGGAUUCUGUUGGAAUGGAGAAGACGAGAGAAACCAUUGAACCAUGGCUGAUCCGUACGUUAAUCCCUGUUCCGUGCUUGCUUCCCUCAGUCCCAUUCCCAACCCUCACUUGACAUCAGGCAUCCAUUAGAGGGGAUGGAAUGGAGCCAUUCUACCCCUUGUGUUCCUGAAUGCUCUCUGAAAAGCUCCUUUCCCUGCCCUGUGGAUAUUUCUCAAUUGCCUCCCUUUGUUUCUACCACCCUCUCUGGGCAGUAAUUUGUGUGCAGUCCUGCGAUGGUUCCAGGUUCGGUGCUCUCUCCCAGCCAGGUAGGGUUGCCUUGUGUGCUCGGGGCAUCGUGGCUGAGGGGAGGAUGAUGUGCCACUGGUGACAGGUUGGAGCAGGGGAGGAAGCGGCACCCUGAGAGCGGUGUGGUGGUGGCCUGUGCUCAGCCCAGGUAACUGGGCACCAGAGUGGCGUUUCCAUUCCAGUGAACUUCACCCCAGGCCUUUCACCGAUGCCCUGUACCUCGUCCACAUGUACCACCUGCAGCUUGGUUGCUUGUGCCUCGGCACCAAGUUAGAAUGCUGUGGGUUUGAAUCUGACUCCUUGGAUGUGAAUGUGAUACCCCGACUGACACUCCCAUGGAGUGCUGCACCCGAGGUCUUGUCUUCAGGGUGGGACAUUAAACCAGGGCCCUGGGGAUGUUAGUUUGAAGACGUGCAGGUGGGUUUUACUGUACUCUCCUGGACCAAUACAUCGCUCAGCCGACACCUGGACCCCCGGGAGCUUGCUGUGCAUGUUUCCUGUGUUACAGCAGUACAUGCCAGAUGUCCCCAGCGGUACGCCCUCUCUAUUGACUCUAUUGCCCUCAGGCAGUGUGGGCGCCUCCCGCCACCACCCCCUCCCCCCCCCCCACCGCUGCAGCCUUGACAGUGUUGGCGUUUCAUCUGCACAGUGCUUCAGUGAAGCCUUCCCCCUCCAUCAGUGCCCAAGGAAAUCAGAACAGGAGGAGGCCACUCGGACCCUCAAGCCUGCCCUGCUGUCCAAUGUGAUCUUGGCUGGUCUGCCCUAUUCCUCACCACCUCCUCUGUGCCACUUCCCCCUUGCCCUCAAUUCCCUGAUCUUUCCAAAAUUUAUCUCCCUCCUCUGGGAGGUACAGCACCCUUGGUGCUCCCCCUCCCACAGUGAGACCCUCCCUCAGUACCACCCCUCCCACAGUGCAACCCUCCCUCGGUGGAGUGGCUUGCCCACAGCACCCUCCCUUUGAUGGUGCAGAGCUGUCCCAGCACUUUCAGCAGUGCGGAGCUCCCUCAGUGCAGUCCAGGCUCUUGGGUGGGACCUGUUAUGCGAAUUGAAACUAUUUGGCUGACGAUGGCUCACAGUUGACAAAUGAACACCCAUCAUUGUAGAAAUUUGUAACAUUUCCUCAUCAGGUCCAAGACAGCCAAACAAACAUCUUGCCUCUGGAUCGAGGGCUUAUCUAGGCACAGGGAUUUUGUGCCUGUCCCACCCCCUCAGGCAGUGAUUGGAUUGCUCCCUUUUUCUGUGACAAUAGAAUUUCAUCAACUCCCCUCUAAUCUUCAUCCUCAAAUCUACACACCCUAGGUAUCAACAUGCACUAAACAAGCCCUCCACUCAUCCCUCCCCCCUCAGCCUCCUCUGUUCCAAGGAAGUCACGCCAGGGUAAUCUGCCUGAACCUUCCCUGAUUUGGCAGCAUCUCAUAACUCAUUUUCGUACCCUAAAUCUCACCACAAGGUCACUUCAGGAAACCUCUCUGGUUAAAAAGAAGCUUGGAUUUAUGCAGUGUCUUGAAGUAAACAGAAAUGCCACUGCAGAGGAGAUUGGAUUUAGGUUUGGCAAGGUUGAGGAGUGUUCUUCCUGAGUUUCAGUGAUUGGUGAAUCUAUGAAAAAAAUAAAACCUGCACUCACAGUUCCCAGAGUUAGCAAUGGAAGCUGCUUGUGUCAGCUCAUUGCACUGUAAUCGGACAACUGCCAGUGGUGUUGGUGCCCCAGAGGUAACCCUGGCAGGGUUGAGGGUGAGUUGGGGUUUGGGAGUAAGACGGGGGAGGGUUUAAUUGGAAAGCCAGUACAGGUGCAGUUGUCUCCAGAGCUUCAGGAAUCUCUGAAGUUGUCCCUUGGUUCGUGCUGCUGCCAAACUUGACCUCCAAUCAGUUUUAUUCCGUUCAUGCCGUACACUAAUCUCACAGUAUUAAGUUGAAAAACUACAAGCAAUAAGAUACAAGCCCUAGCUGGGAAUAUAUCCUGGGUCUGGAGCCUGUUGCCUGGAAGGGCCAUGGAAGCAGAUUGGACAGGAGCUUUCGAUAGGGAAUUGGAUGUGUUCGUGGUGGGGUGGGGCGGAAUGGGCACAGAAUGUGGGAGUGGGCUGAAUUGGAGAUGUUAAUCAAAGAGCCCACAGAAGUACGACGGGCCAAACACCUGCGCAUGACUUUGGACCGGAAGCUAACAUGUCGAUGUGGACCCGUUCACUCCUCUGCUCUUUACCUUCCCUGAAAAAUUACAGGUGACCUUGGAUGACUUUCAACCACACGGGAUCGAUGGGUUGGUCCAAAAUUGUUCCAUUUUCUAGGAAUGCUGUAAAAUGUUGUUAGGGCUCGAGUUCUAUAUGCAUUAGAGAUGGUGGGGUGGCUUGUGUGGGGACCCUUCUGUUAAAUACCUAAUUGCAGGCAGUGAUGGCUGCUAUUUUGUUGUAUCUAUUUUAUCAAUAAAUUUUGU